CACAAUACCCGCUUAGCGGUGCCAAACACUUUAAGCUGCAGAAGAGUGGCCGCACGCAUAUAUAUAACAGUCAAAUUUCCAUGGUUGAUAAUGCGGAUCAUCAAAAUAUUCUGUUUAAUAUUUUUCUGGCGGAGAUAGAAAUCGAGUUACAAUGGUGUGGGAAUUUAUUGUGGUUGUGGCGGUGAAUCUGUGCGGGUUGUAUGCGCUGCCGUUACAAGUUGUUAUUCCGGACUCCAACAACGAUACAAUCCGAAAUUCUAUCGAUUGCACACUACUCCAGCGUGGAGCUCCACCCGAUGCUCAAUGGAUUCCCCACUGUGACCCCGACACCAACCAACUCACUCCACAUCAAGUAGCGGUCGACGGACUGGAAUUUUGUGUGGAUAGUGCCACGGGCGUGAACAUCUUCGGACCAGUAAACCACUCGAUCAGUUGCGAAUGCGUAAUCCGCGCGUACAAGAUACUCCUCACCGACCGUAAACCGGCAUAUCUCCCGCAGUGCAGCACCAAGAACGGCGAUUAUCUGGCCAAACAGUGCGCCGAUAACGGUGACUGCUGGUGUGUGGAUAAACAUGGCACGCAGUUGGGACCGCGCUGGAGCUCGACACCGGUGAAUGCCCAGCAGCGCUGGGAGGAUCCCGUGCAUGCCACGGUUAGACGGGAUAAACCCCGAUUGAGCUGCGGUAUGGUCAGGAAGUUCUGGGAAUCAUGGAAACUGUGAGACGACGGACAACGAAAUUUUUUACGGAUUUUCCGUUACAAACUGGACAGCUCUGUGGUAACUGUGGUGUACUCACAAAAUGUUUGGGCGCAUAUGCGAGUAGUAUUUUGGGUUUAGAGUUUUAUAUGUUUUUUUUUAUUUUUGAAUGCUUUGGGAAUUUCUGAUUAAAGAACUCUAGACGUA